UAAGGCCUUUGUAAACAGAAGACUGCCGAUUACCGAUAACCGUCAUCCUGCGUCAUCCGCCGAAACUCCAGAGAAGCCGGCAGUGAGCGGCGACUGCAUCCGCAGCGUGCGACGUGUUCGGGAUCACGUACCUAUUCUCCCAAGUUCUGUGCGGUGCCUUUUUACUCUCGAGUCCCGAAUAGCCGCUGCAUUUUCGAUGAAGCCGCCAACGCGAGUACACCGAGGAACGUUCAAAAUCUUUCUCGACUACUAAGUAUUUAUAAUUUAUGAGAAUCGACACCUCAGGGAAGGUUAACAUUCACAUUCCAAUUUGGGUUUUGGAAGACUGUUCUGCCUCUUUGCGAAAGAAAAGGACAAAAUGGUUCGCCAGUUGACUACGAAAGAGAAGAUCCAGUCAUUCAUCAGAGUAACUGGAGGUGGAUUGGCCAUAUUCAGUGGGGUCAACAUUCACUCAGGCAAUGAAAAGUUUUACGAGGAUUUCGUAAUGCCCGUCGUCCGACGUAUAGAUGCGGAAAAAGCUCACAACGUCGCUGUAUUUGCUACAAAAUUUGCCCUAGUUUCUUCAGGAGCAUAUGAGGACCCCGCGAGAUUAAAAACUACCGUAUGGGGACUGGAUUUUAGCAAUCCAAUUGGCAUGGCCGCUGGAUUCGACAAACAGGGAGAAGCUGUUAGUGGACUGCACAAGAUUGGAUUUGGUUUUGUGGAAGUAGGAUCUGUGACGCCACAGCCUCAAGACGGAAAUCCAAAACCUCGAGUUUUCAGACUAACAGAAGACAAAGCGGUCAUAAAUAGAUAUGGCUUCAAUAGCGACGGACAUGAGGUGGUUUACGAACGUUUGCGAAACGUUAAAAAUGGUACAGAAUUCGUCGGUGUGGUCGGCGUGAACCUUGGCAAGAACAAAACGACGUCAAAUCACGUUCAGGACUACGUUGAGGGUGUGAAGAAAUUUGGCGAAGUUGCUGACUAUUUCGUCAUUAAUGUAUCCAGCCCAAACACACCUGGGUUACGUAGUUUACAAGCUAAAGACAAUUUGGAGGAAUUGAUAAGCAACGUCAAAGCUGCCAGUGAAAAUUUGCCCAAGAAGCCUCCGUUGCUGGUCAAACUGGCACCAGAUUUGAGUGAUCAAGAACGACAAGAUGUAGCGGAUGUUAUUAAUUCGUCCAAAUGCAGAGUAGAUGGUUUAGUAAUAUCCAAUACCACGAUUGAUCGAUCAAAUUUGACGAGCUCUGAGAAAGAAGAAAAUGGUGGUCUGAGUGGAGCACCCCUGGCAAAUCUUUCGACUGCAAUGAUUGCCGACAUGUACCGCAGGACCCAUGGAAAAAUCCCAAUAAUUGGUGUUGGUGGAAUAUUCUCUGGGGCUGAUGCGUAUGAAAAAAUCAAAUCUGGAGCUUCGUUGGUUCAGAUAUAUACCUCUUAUAUAUAUCACGGCCCUCCUAUUGUGAACCGCAUAAAAAGGGAACUUGAUGAGCUUUUAGUCAAAGAUGGACACACGUCUAUUCGAGAAGCAAUUGGCAAAGACGUUAUAACGUUUAAAACAUAGGUAAAGUGUCUUAGUUAAAUGCAAAUCAUUAAUUCAGAUUUCGCCUCACUUUCCACUAUCAUUCAAAAUCAUUUUGUACAUACGAGUUUUUCACAUUCUCAAGGCAUUAGUUAGUUUGACUAAGUAAAUACCAGCGUAAACAUUAAUGAAUUUUUUUAUUGUUACUGCUAUAAGUAUAAACAAUUUAUAUCAAAAGGCAACUAACUAAUGUAAGCUGGCGAAUGAGGUGCCAGCGGUACAUUGGAUUUCAAAUUCAGAACGGUUUAAAAACUUAGCUAAUUUAAAAGGGUUUUUCGAUACAGUACUUUUUUCUUAUAAUAGUUGAAAAGUAAUAAUUCUCACCUCUCGUAGGUAUAAGAUAGAAUUGAAGAAACGCAGUUUCUAAAGCUGUGUGAACGAUUAUAUUAUGGAAGAAUAAUUGACUACGGUUCAUAGAAAAAUUCUUUUGUAACACCUCAGUGCUCCACGGAUAAAUCACCUUUUUGUGAUUUACAGUUACAAGUUGUGAAUAUAAAUAAU